AAUAAAUAGUAUAUUAAUAUAGUAGAAUAAUUAUUUGGUGCAGUGAUGAAAAAUUUUAACUAUUGUUCGACUCUCCGUGGACCUUCUCACUCCCUCGCCGCUGGAAUCCUAGAUGAGACAGGAGUUUAUAAGAACUCUUACAGGAAAUUGCAGAAAGAGUUGGGGCUCCAUUGCCUCAGUAUACAACAUUUAGAUCAGGUCUCAGGCACCCGCCUAUUUUUACGGGAACGGUUGAAUUGGCCGGAAAUUGGAAUCAGAUUCACCGGGGAACCAGCUAAGAACAAGAAACAAGCAGAAAAGAAUGCAGCCAUGGCAGCUUGGACAUCUCUAAAACUAUUGACGAAAGAAACUGCAAAUUCUUCUUAGGAGCCAGAGAACAAUGAUGAGCUUGAACAGAUCACGAUAGCUCGGGCUCUGUUGAAUUACCAAAUAAAGGAAAAGACGGCUAUGGCAAACUCCUCCAAUGCGCCAGUAGUAUUAACAAAUAAGUUUCCUAGUCAGAAUCCUAGACCAACAGGUCCACAGCCUCCUGCUACCACCUCGAAAAUCCUUACUUUAAUCUGCCCGAAGGUGGUUCCUCGAAACAGAUCUAUGUCAGCAACAGCAAAUGAGAAGCCCGUACUGACAUCAUUGCAAACACCUACUCCUGAAAGCCGUGGUGUUCGUCCAUAAAAUUACAAUGAACGCCCUAAAUUUCUUUUGCCUUCAUAAUAGAAAAUUGGAUCUAGGCCUCCCUGUAAUGAGGCCCAUGAUAUAGAAAGCUGAAAGGGCCAUCACUGAAACCCGAAUAAGCCGCAUGAACUCUGAGUAUCUACUGCAACACCUUCAACGUUUCAUCAAACGUCCAAACCAAAUCAAGCAAAUCCAUUCCCUGCUAAUCACCUCCGCUCUCCUCUUCAAUACUGCUUCCAAAUGGAAACCAACCCUCCUUUACAACACCUUAAUGAGAGCUUAUCUCAACAUAAUCCCACAUCGUUCCCUUACACUCUUCACCCUCAUGCUUCAUUAUCAGGCACCCCCCAAUGGCCAUACUUUCACUUCCCUUUUCAAAGCUGCCUCUACCUCCCACUCCUUAGCCUCGCUUUCUUGUUCACCCCUCCAUGCCCAAGCACUAAAGCGUGGAAUCUUGACUGAUUCCUUCGUGCAAACAUCGUUACUUGGUUUGUAUGCUAAACUCGGUAGCCUAAGUAAUGUGUGUAAAGUGUUCGAAGAAAUUCUUAACCCGUGCAUCGUUGCGUGUAAUGCGAUGCUUGAUGCUUUUGGGAGAAAUGGUGAUAUGGGUUCUGCUCUUUUCCUUUUUGACCGCAUGAUUGAAAAGGAUGUGGUGUCUUGGACAAGUGUUAUGAAUGGUUUUGUAAGGGGCAAACAGUUUGCAAAGGCUUUUUGGGUUUUUGAGAAAAUGAUAGAAUUUUCGGUUAAACCGAGCGAGGCUACUUAUGUUAAUGCACUCUCUUGUUGUGCUAAUUUAGAAAAGCAAGGUGGGUUCUAUCAAGGGAGGCAGAUACAUGGGUAUAUUUUCAGAAACGAGGGCGUUAUGACUGUUUUCAUGGGCACAGCAUUGAUUGAUUUUUAUGGAAAAAGAGGUUAUUUAGAGUUUGCCUUUAGAGUUUUUAAUCAUCUGUUGGAUAGAGAGGUUUGUACUUGGAAUGCAAUGAUCUCUUCUCUUGCAUGUAAUGGUAGAGAAAAGGAGGCUUUGGACUUGUUUGAGAAGAUGAAAGUGGACGGAAUGUGUCCGAAUGAGGUCACAUUUGUUGCUGUUCUUACAGCAUGUGCUCGCACCAACAGAGUGGAGUUGGGUUCACAAUUCUUUCAAUCAAUGUGGUGCCAAUAUGGCAUUGUGCCAAUAAUGGAACACUAUGGGUGUAUGGUAGAUCUUUUAGGCAGAGCAGGCCUUUUGACUCAAGCGACCGAGUUUGUAGACACUAUGCCAUUUCAACCUGAUGCUUCGGUUUUGGGGGCUCUUUUAGGUGCUUGUAAGGUUCAUGGUGCCAUUGAACUUGGAAAUGAAGUGGGGAAAAGGUUGCUUGAGUUGCAGCCACGACAUUGUGGACUAUAUGUAGCAUUGUCUACCAUGAAUGCCGACAAGGAGAGAUGGGAUCGUGCAGCUGACUUGAGGAAAGCCAUGGUAGAAGCAGGCUUAAAAAAAUUUCCAGCUUAUAGCUUCAUUGAUUCCAUGUAAAAAUCGUGUGAAAACAGAUGUCUCUAUUCUUUAACUAAUCACAUGCAUUCUGCAGCAGCAAUAUCGAUGGUAAAUGCUAAUCAAGAUAUUAGAGAAUUCAUUCUUAGAUUGAACAAUCAAA